CUUUUUUCCUUUUUCAUUUUAUCCAGAUUUUAAAUUUUUCUUUAUUAUCUUCAUCUGCAUAUUUACUUUUCAAGCAAUUCAAAAACUAGAUAAAUUCUACCAACUCUUCUUUUAGGAAGCAUCACCACAUAUUUUCUGUCUCCUGUUUCCCGUCUAAUCUCACACCUAAAGCCGGCGCUAGCAGGUUAAACAAGGGACAAGCUGUUUUGCUUUUUGACAGUGCUAUUUCAAUUGGACAGUUUUUCUGCUCGACUUAGCCUGCGGAGGUGGUUUGUAGGUAGGCUGGGUACUAAGAGUGUGUGUGUGUGUGUUUUGUACGCGAGGACAGCGUGUGCAGCUGAAAGCCGGUUACCUAAAAGGGCUGUGCCAGGCCAGGCCAAAGUGGGUUAAUAAAAAUAACCAGCGUAGGAGCAGCGACAAUCCAGGAGUGCAAGCAGAGGAGUUGGAGAGAUGCAGAAAGACGGAGAGCGGAGAGGCAGAGUAGAGGAAUCUGUCGCUGCUGGUUUACCUGAGAUUAAGCCUUGGUGAAACUGAAGCAACUCUUGAAUUCAGUUUAUAUUCAUGUUAUGAGGACGGCAGGAUGGAGUUCCCAGACCACAGCAGACAUUUACUCCAGUGUCUGAGUGAGCAGCGGCAUCAAGGCUUCCUGUGUGACUCCACGGUGUUGGUGGGUGAUGCCCAGUUCCGUGCCCACCGUGCUGUGUUGGCCUCCUGCAGCAUGUACUUUCACCUUUUCUACAAGGACCAGCUGGACAAGAGAGAUGUGGUGCACCUCAACAGCGAUAUUGUCACGGCCCCGGCCUUCUCCCUGCUCCUGGAGUUCAUGUAUGAAGGCAAGCUGCAGUUCCAGGACCUUCCCGUAGAGGAUGUGCUGGCAGCAGCCAGCUACUUGCACAUGUAUGACAUAGUCAAGGUGUGUAAGAAACGUUUGAAGCAGAAGGCCACAGCUGAGGCAGACAGCACGCGCAGAGAGGAUGAUGGCGGGUCCAGCUGCUCUGACAAGGCCGACAGUCUAUCAGAUGGUUCAACAGGCCGACCUGCUACUGCUGAUUUGCUUCACAGUGAUGAAGAAGAGGAGGGGAAGGCCGAAGGAGGCCCACUGUGGCUGAGGCUGCCAUCUGCAGACAGACCGGGGACACCAGCCAUAGCUACAACAAGUCCAGGUCAUGGUGAGGCGGAAACGCAGGGUGGAGGAGGCCUCGGAGAGGGAGGAAAGGUGCCUUCACCAGCCGGCAGCCCCAGCAGCUCUACUGGAUCUCUCUCCCAGAGAUCCCACCGUUCCAUGAGCUCUCACGGAGGGCAUAGAGGCAGGCGGGUAUCGAAUGACACAGCUGAUUGCGUCCUGGACUUGUCUGUCAAGCCGAUUGCCAGUAGCAACCACAAUAACCACCAUCAGUCCUAUUUCAGUGGGGCAGCUACACCAGACAGCCUGCAAAGCCCAUUGGCUGUGAGGGUAAAGGUGGAGAGGGGCGUGGCUUCAGAUGAGGAAGAGGAGCUAGGAGGUGGGGACUAUGACAUGGAGCACAGCGGCCUUACCAAGGCUGCGGUUCCCAACACGAACGGGGGCCUGAGCCAUCACGGGGUCGGGGGUCCUCUGUCUGCUCAGCGGAGGCUUGGGCUGGAGGCUCACUUGUCUGCUCUGCGAGAGGCGUCUCUGGCCUCAGAGCUGGAGCGGGAUGAGAAGCCUCCACCUUCUGCGGACGACGAGGACAUCCUGGGGGGAGAAAACGAGCGUGCGCAGGCAGAGGUGGCCAACAUGGAUACCUCGCUGCUGCCUUACGUCUCAAACAUGCUCUCAGCUCAGCACAACCAGAUCUUCAUGUGCCCGCUGUGCAACAAGGUUUUCCCCUCCCCCCACAUCCUCCAGCUUCACCUCAGCUCCCACUUCAGGGAGCAGGAGGGCAUCCGCUCCAAGCCCGCCGGAGACGUCAAUGUGCCCACCUGCACCAUCUGCAGCAAAACCUUCUCCUGCAUGUACACGUUGAAGCGUCAUGAGCGGACACACUCGGGCGAAAAGCCCUACACCUGCACCACCUGCGGCAAGAGCUUCCAGUACUCACACAACCUCAGCCGCCACGCAGUGGUGCACACGCGUGAGAAGCCUCAUGCUUGCAAGUGGUGCGAGCGGCGCUUCACGCAAUCCGGGGACCUCUACCGACACAUCCGCAAGUUCCAUUGCGAACUGGUCAACUCGCUGUCAGUGAAGAGCGAACCGCUGGCGUUGCCCAAUGUCAGGGAUUGGGCGAUCGAGGACAGCUCCCAGGAACUGUGGAAGUAGAAGCAGACUGCUGGGCUGAAUAAAGGGAAAGAGACGGGAGAGAGAGAGUUGUAGAGAGGCUUGGGGAGGCGAAAGGGAGGUGAUGGACUGUCAUUGUCGGGGUUUAAGCGAGUCAUGUUCUUGUUAAUUGCAACAUCUCAUCCAACUGCACUUUAAUAGCACAUGAAAAUGUUACUACUGAGUUAUUUUGUUGCUAUUUGGGGGUAAUUUUUGUUGUAUUCUAUUUGAUUCUGAACUAUUAUUAUUAUCUGGCGUUAGUUUUCUUCUUUUUGUGGUUUCAGUUGCAUCUGAGGAAGUGGGUCUCAGUGAGAAUGUCUCGCUUUUUGUUUUUUCUUUUUUUUUUUUUUUUUUUUAAGAAAAUUCACUUUGUUUGUGUUUCAUACCCAGACACAACACUCCCGACGCUGGCCAGCAUAUCGGUCCCAGUUCCACAGACAGCAAACACCACUGCAGGAGUUCAGGUCGAACACACUGAAGUGAAAAAGCAUUACAAUACACUAAACGGGUACUGUGAUCACAAGUCGAUGCCACCGCACACACAGUUUGAAGAAGUGCGUGUGUGAUACUGCACUACUCUGGCAAAAAUUUCACCUAAUGUGCGUGAGUGUGUAUGAGUGCGUUUUGUGUGUAUUAAUUUUAUUUUCUACUGGCAUGAAGGUGUUGUUAGCGAGACGCUCCCCACUUCUCUUGUUAAGCUCUUUGGUGUUGUGUGUUCAGGGGAAAGCUGACUGACAGACAGACAGACUGAUGGCUCUCAUGCAAUGCACAGCCUCCUUUUUUCACUUCCAAUCAAUCUGAAGUAUUUUCUAAAAAUGAGAACACCUUUGCAAAUAAUAAUUAUUGUUAUUGAUAUUUUUUUUUUCUUAAAUUUAGCUGGCAGUCUUUAAAAACAUCACUUGUCGACAAGGUAUUUAAUUUAAGGUUGUUGUAUAUUGUUCUGCUAUAGUUUAACUUAAUGAUCUUUAUUAUUAUUAAUAUUAUUAUUAAUAUUUUGUUACUUUUUUGUAAUGGGACCUGCUGUUGUUGCAUGACGUCCAAACCUGUAUAUUUUAAAAUGAAAAAUGUGAAUUUGCUGUAUUACUGUACACAUUGUAAUUGAUCAAAUAUUUGACAAACAACUUUCAUUUUUGCUUCUCUUUUGUGAAUACUUCUCCAGGGUGCGGUCUGUUGAAAAACUGAUUAUUUUCGCAACUAUGAAAAAAAAAAUGCAUGAUUUUUUUUUUCCCCAAAAAUUUUGUCUUAAAAUUUUAAGUAGUGGUUUUUGCAUUGGAGGGGGAAACAUUUGAAGGUUACACUUCUUGACAGUGAACUGUUUUUUCCACUAAUUAUUUUAGAUCUGUUUCUGGGCUUCUAGAGGAAUGUGAUCGAAUGUGUUUCUGUUGGAUGUUGAAGCGAUAUGAUGAAGCAUUUAAAGACCGUGUCUUUAUGCACUGAUUUCUCUGCUGUGUGUGUGUGUGUGUGAGAGAGAGAGAGAGAGUAUGUGUGUGACUUGGUUAAGUACAAGUCAAUGUAACCUACUGGAGAUCUAUAUCCACCCAGCACUUCCUCCUCCUGCUCCUCCUCAAGCAUUAAAUCUCCCCAUAUAUUUUUUUUUUGCGUUCCAUCUCUCGUGUCCGUCCUCUACAGAUCUAAAUGUGCCGAAGCCAUUUCUUAAUUAUCUCUGCAGAUUUUGGCCUCUUGCUUCAGGUCUGAUGAGUGCAGUUUUGUGGCUUGGCUGAGAUGGGACAGAUAGAAAGACAGGAAGAGGGAAAGAGAGAGACUAAACCUGAGUUCUCCUGCUGGAAGUUGAGGGGUCAAAUAUCUUUUUUUAGACUGUUUCUUCGUGUUGAGCUGAGCUGAGUUGGGGAGAUCUGUCACCCAGCUCGAUGCAGCGCAUCAAACACAGCGGAUGUCAUAAGGUAUCUGUGGGGGUUUCCUCUUCAAGUCUUCACUUUGAGACAGAUGGGGGAGAAUUGGCGUACCUGAAAGCACCUUUUUAAGCUAAAAGAUAUGAAAUCAGAUUUUUGCUGAAAAGAUGCCUUUAUUAAAUGGGGGGGUGGGGGCAUUUCUGAUGCAAUGGAAGUAUUUGAUGCUGUAGCGCAUUAAGAAAUGGUUGAUGGAAAUCAUGUAAAUUCAUGGAAUUUAUUGAAUUUAUCGGACAAAAAAUGUCUUAUUAUAUUUUGAUCAUGUGAUUGGAAAACUUUUUGUGUAUGUGAAUGUUGUGUUUGGGCUACAUCAGUUUAACCGUUCUGUUUGUUUUAUACAUCAGCAUCUUGAAAUCAGUUUUAAAUCUUUCAGAUGAUGGUCAAGUGUUUAUGCAAUCCGAAAAACAUUUUUGGAGAAAUGCGCACGGUCCACAUUUCCUCCUCCACUCAGAUGCAUGCGUGUAUGUGUGUGUGCAUGCCCUGUCGUCUGGUGGCAUCUGCAGGCUUUGCCAACGCAACAGUAUGGGUGAUGUUGCGGCAGUUUGCACCACCUCAUUUUUUUUUUUUUUUUUUUUGUCAUGAAAUGUUAUUUCUUCACUGGCAGCACGUCUGCAUAUGGGCUCCCUUCAUCCUGCUGUUGUUUUCAUCACUACUGCUGGUUUUGUUUUUGUUUUUGUUUUUUCCCGUUUGCCAUUCUGUUCCUCUGGUUGUACUUGACCGCCUUAAACUGCUGUAGUCCGGGCUAUUUUUAUUAUUUUUUUAUUUAAGCGUGAGUUUGGGGUGGAGUUGGGAAAAGCGGGGGGGAGGGGGACUGAUGUCCACUGCUCAGUGAAGUUAACCGCCCUGACGUGACAUCUCCAACUUUUGCUGUGCUUACUUGAAACAAAGGGGAGGGGGGACUUUUUUGUUUAAAAAAAUCAAGGUUUAAAAGAUAAAAAAAAAAGAAGUCAUAGACAGUUUAUGGAAAGACAUGAAGGGUCAGUGGGUUGGGGGGUGGGGGUCGUACAAUGACUUGAGUCUCUUGAAAAAGGACAAUCACUGUCUGGGGGAAAAAACAAGCAGAUUUUGAUUGAGAUAUAUUUGCUCCCUGUUGAGAUUACAAUAUUUCUUUGCUUUUUUUUUUGGUGUUCCUUUGCAGAUUUAGUCGUUUUAGCUUUGACAAUCAUAGUUGGGUUGGUUUUUUUUGUUUGUUUUGUUUUGUUUUUCUUUCUUUUUUCUCAAGGGGAGUAAAUUCUUAUUGUGUUUAGUUUUGUAAUUUUCUGGUGUGUUGUUGUUGACAUUUUUAAAUUGUGUGCAAACUGCAAUAAAUUAUAAGAAUCCUGAAAUUCAA